AUGCGAAUUAUUCUCUAUCUUUUCCUGAUUGCCGUUUCAAUUUUUCACCUGAAUGCACAGCAAAUUGAAGAGGACUUCCCUGUACCUCCUCGACUAGACAGACAUGGAAUUGACACCACAAAGGAACGAAUCACUCGCGACGUUCGGAUGAGAGAGGACAUUCCCCUUCUUGUCGAUCCUCAACCGAUUUACGAUUCGAACGAAUUUUCUUUUAUUGAACAUAAACACCAACCGCGGAUUUUCACAGUACGAUAG